AUGAAAAAGAAUCGACAGUUGAAGACAACUUGGGUUGCAAAACAGUUUCUCGAGGUGUUCAAGGCAAGACCUCAUUGGCCGGCUAAGGAAAUAAUGGAGACCAUAAGAAGGGCAUUUAAGAUUGUAGUUAAGAAGGAGUUCGCGUAUAAGGUGAAGUACGCUGCACACGACUUGUUACAUGGGUCGAUGCACGAGCAUUACAAGAAGGUUGGAGGGUAUGUGGCAACACUGAAGAGUAGUAGUCCUGGUACUGUGGUGGAACUAGUGACUGAUGUUAGUAAACAAGCAUUUCUACCUGUUUUCCAGAGGUUUUAUACCUGUUUUGAGGGGUUGCAGAAGGGCUGGAAGCAAGGUUGCAGAAAGGUGAUAGUUGUUGAUGCAUGUUUCCUUAAAACUUUCUUGGGUGGGCAGUUGAUGAGUGCAAUAGGAAAAGAUGGGAAUGACCAGAUGUACCCUAUUUGUUGGGCAGUAGUAGAGGGGGAGAAUAACCUGUCUUGGCAGUGGUUUUUUCUUCUUCUUCAGAGCUCCCUCGAUCUAGGUGAAGGAGAGGGAAUUGCCAUUAUCUCCGAUGAGCACCAGGCUAUAUUAAAUGUUGUCGCGGCUGUUCUACCAAAAGCAGAGCACAGACAUUGUGCGAGGCAUAUAUUUGCUCAUUGGCAUAAGGCUUAUAGAGGUGAUGAAAUGAAGCUUCUAUUCUGGAAAAUUGCAAAGGCGUACAACCUUGCUGACUACAAUGAUGCCAUGGAUGAACUAACACAGCUGAAUGUGGAUGCUGCCACUGCAUUCAAGGGAUACAAACCAGAGCUUUUUUGUCGAGCUUUCCUAGAUACAUCAAUGAAAACAGACGCAAUAACCUCCAACAUAGCAGAGACAUUCAAUGGCUACAUUAUUCAAGCCAGAACCAAACAUCUGAUUUUCAUGUUAGAAGACAUCAGGAACAAUUUGAUGCAACGGUUAGUGUUGAAAAGACAACAAAUGGAGAAGUCGACAUCAGUCCUCUGCCCAAGAAUCCAACAAAAGCUUGAAAAGGAAAAGACAAAGGCUGCAAACUGUGAUGUUAUACCCUCAACGGAUACCUUGUUCAAUGUCAAUUACUAUCUAGAUCAGUUGGUGGUUGAUUUGGAAGCUAGGACAUGUUCGUGCAGAAAGUGGGACAUGUUUGGAAUUCCAUGUUGUCAUGCCAUUGCGUGUAUCUUUUUCCAGAACAAGGAAGCCAAAGAGUUUGUUGACCAAUGCUACCGGAGAGAAGCAUACUUAACUGCAUAUGCAGGUUCUAUUCCACCUAUUGACGGGGAGAGGUAUUGGCCAAGAAUUGAAUAUCACUUGGAUCCCCCUCCCAUCAAAAUAGGCCCAGGCAGACCAAGGAGAAAUAGGGUCAAGGAUCCAUUUGAGAUCUCGAAGAAGCCUGGUCACCUAUCAAGGACCGGGAUGGAAAUGACUUGUAGUGUGUGUAAAGUCAAGGGGCAUAAUAAAAGAAGGUGUCCUAACAGAAACACUACGGUUGUUGCAGAACCAGCCCCAAAAAGGCCUAGGGGUAGACCAAGGCAUGAUGGUCAACCCCCCCACUCUCGUGCUCCGUCUGUUACUGCCCCAUCAUCUACGGUUGCUCAAGCUACAACACCUACACCUAACACAACCACUUGUAGUGCUGCAUCUUCUCGAAAUACUCGAGCGAGUAAUACUCAUCAAUCUUCUUCAUGUCAACCUACGCAACUUGGUAGAGGUGGGAGGAUGAUUCUAGGUGGUAGGGGUUCUAGGGGUGGAAGUAUUGGAAGGGGAAGGGGUAACACCGGAGGAAGGGGCAAAAACAAAGUACCUAUUGGUGUUGGAAUGUACGUUGCCUCUGAUGGGACAGCAAUGACAAGUGGAGGAAGAGGGAGAGGGAGAGGGAGGGGUAAACAGAAGGCAACAACACCUAUUGGAACACAGUCAAGCCAAGUUUCCAGUUGUCAUCAACCAACUCAGUAGGACCUCUAACGAUGUGCGAACCAAGGGCAAAAUCUUUGUGCAGCAUUAAUUGCUAAUUUAAAGUCAGCUAUGGGCUUAUUUUGUGUAGUUCAUAAAACAACAAUUAAGCUAGAAUUAAGUUUGCAUUUUGGUAGAUAUGCACACUAAAACAACAAUUAAUUAGGCUACUAUUUUUGGCAGGUUUUGCCUUCUUAUUUUGCGUAGUUCAUAAGAUAUGUGUUGGAAUUUAAUGAAUG